CGGCAGCGCGCACACACACUCACACACUCUCACACAGCCACACACACUCACACUCACUCUCGCACACACACUCUCGCGCGCGCAACAAAGCAGGCAGACGAGGGAGGCGUGUAAUAAAGAAAAGAACAUCACAGAGGACAAACAGUGUUGCUGCACUUGGAGUUUUUGGAUACUGCAAGCCUGUCUGGAGUUUGUGCCGAUUCCUGUGUGCCUCGUAACCUCACGGUUCUCACGUCUGGUCCUUUCCCGCGGAGGGUUUGAGUCCCGUCAGCUGUGCGCGCAGAGAUCCGAAUCCAGCGACUGUCUACAUUGGCGCUUUGUGCAUCCGCCAGACGGGAACAAAGUGUGCGACUGGGAUAUCUGACAAGCUCCUCUGGGAACCGACGCUGCACUGACUGUCAGAGAGAGAGAGUGUGAGUGAGAUAGAUAGAAAGAGGGCAGUCAAGGCAUGAGCAGGAGACUAAAAGCCGGUUUUCCAGAGAAGUGAUCGCCACAGUGCCCCCUCCUCUUCCCUCACCACCUCCUUUCCUUUUCUCCUCUCUCCUGUGCCGCUGCUCUCUUUCUACGCGCACACCUCCUCUGCUAUCCCAUCCUCGUACCUCCGCUGUCCUCCCAUCACCUCCUCCUCCCCUGCUCCCGAAGACACGCGAAGAGGAGAAGCACGGGCGCAUCAUCUCAUUCUCUCUCUUCAUCCUUCCUCUGACUCCGUUGCUCACGCGGAUCUAGCCUCUAGCUGCGGAACCACAAGCGGAGGCUUUUUGAGUGUUGGAUCCCACACGCGAGUCUCUGUCUCCAGCCACAGCCAAAAGGAUUCCAGCUACAUGGGCAAACGUUUGGAACAGCAACCAAUGUACCCCCAGUACACUUACUAUUACCCUCACUACCUUCAGACUAAGCAGUCAUAUGCCCCGCCCCCUCCUCCCAUGGCUCCGCCCAGCCCCAGCACCAAUAGCAGCAGCCACAGUGCGGCGGAGCAGCUUAGUAAAACCAACCUGUACAUCCGGGGCCUUCCGCCAGGGACCACAGACCAGGACCUCAUCAAACUCUGCCAACCGUAUGGAAAAAUAGUGUCAACAAAGGCAAUCCUGGACAAAAACACCAACCAGUGCAAAGGAUAUGGCUUUGUGGAUUUCGACAGUCCGGCGGCGGCACAGAAAGCUGUAGCGUCCCUGAAGGCCAGUGGCGUGCAGGCACAGAUGGCAAAGCAACAAGAGCAGGACCCCACUAACUUGUACAUCUCGAACCUUCCGGUUUCAAUGGAUGAACAAGAGCUGGAGAACAUGCUGAAGCCUUUCGGACAUGUCAUCUCCACACGGAUACUCCGAGAUGCCAACGGGGUCAGUCGAGGGGUCGGUUUCGCCAGAAUGGAGUCCACUGAGAAAUGUGAUGUGGUGAUUCAGCAUUUCAACGGAAAGUUCCUCAAAACCCCACCAGGAGUACCAGCCCCGACGGAGCCACUGCUUUGCAAGUUUGCAGACGGGGGACAGAAGAAGAGGCAGAGUCAGAGCAAGUACCCUCAAAAUGGCCGACCGUGGCCCCGGGAAGGAGAGAGUGGCAUGGCGCUGACCUAUGACCCCACUGCAAUGCAGAACGGGUUCUACUCCUCACCAUACAGUAUCUCCACAAACCGCAUGAUCGCUCAAACGUCAAUCACUCCAUUCAUCGCAGCCUCUCCUGUCUCCACAUAUCAGGUCCAGAGUACGUCGUGGAUGCCUCACCAACAGUACGUUAUGCAACCUACGGGUGCUGUGAUAACACCAACCAUGGACCACACCAUCUCCAUGCAGCCUGCUAACAUGAUGGCACCCCUCACCCAGCAGAUGAACCACAUGUCCCUGGGUACCACUGGCACUUACAUGACUGCGGCUGCUGCUCCUAUGCAGGGGACCUACAUUCCCCAGUACACUGCGGUGCCUGCCUCAGCUGUCUCAGUGGAGGGAGUGGUGACGGAGGCUUCUCCACAGAGCGUUCCACCCUCGUCGCAGGACGGUAGCGGUCAGCAACAGGCUCUGGGCGUGGACAACACCAGCGAUCACGCGCCCACCUACUCUUUUCAGCCCGCCAAAUAACCAGAGGAGAUGCGGGGCGUUGAGGUAACUGCGUUGCCUUGAGACUGGGGGACUGCGACGAGGGAACAUUGAAGACAAGAGCGCAAGAGAUAGGAAAACACGUUUGUGUCUACUUUUGCACAAGCAUCUAAAAAAACAACAACAACAACAAAAAAAAAACAAUUUAUUUAACACCUGGCCCACACCGGAGGACCUUUGGAGAGCUCACAACCAGACAGGAAAAGAGAAAAAUGACGUCUGGGAGAGUGAGCCUACUGUUAAUCGGCUACCCGAAAAAACUUUACCUUCAUGAAGUGAACGAAUUCAAACAAGUACAAGUUUUCCUAUUCUUUUUUUUGAAUGUGCAGGUAGGUUUUCAGAAACAGUGGGUUUUUCUAUUAGACGAGGAAGCACGUUCUUGUAAAACAAUGAGAGAAGGAGCAAAAGAAGUCUUCCUCGGAUUCUAAGCUACUAUUACUUUUCUUUUUUUAUGAGUUAGAUUUUAGUUUUCUAGAGAAUAUUAAUGUUUUUUCAUCUUUGUUGCCUUAAUUUCGAGAAACAUCUAAGACUUUUUCCUGUUUGAACUGAACAGACUGACGAAUGCAGUGAAAAUGACCUGAACAAGGAAAGGAAAAAUACCUGUAUAAAACAUAGAAAGAAGAGAGAGGUCUCCUUGAGACGUUUUUAAAUUAUCAGUGGUGACUAUGUGUUUAAAAGAGAGGACAGACAAAAAAAAAUAUUGUGGUCAUGAUGAUGAUGAUGAUGAUUAAACAGAGUUGCAUUUUUUAGAAACAGAGGAAAAAAUGUUAAUCCACUGCAUCAUGGGAAAUGCAGUUUAUUGUGUAGUGCAGAUCAUUUUUAAUGGCAUUAUUGUUUUUAUCUGCAAUAUUUUUUAUGAGCUUUAAGGUGUUUUUAGCCUGCUUUGCUUGUUUCAUUGCGGAAAAAAAGAAAACAGUCAAAAAAAAAAAGGCAGUGCAAAUCUACAUAGAUAAAAGCUUAUGGAUUAAAUCGAAACGAAAAAAAAGCAAAUGUGUGCAAAAAGCAAUAGUAAUAGGAAAUUGUUGACAAUUUCUUUAGUCUUUCUUAGCUGUGGAUCAAAUGCAGCCCAUGGAUGGCAUAUUUUAUACCAAAGAUGAAGAAACCCCCCUCAAGACAGUGGAGUGGAUAAAUUUUUUAGUUUCUUUUUUUCUAUUUGAGAUGUUUUGGCAUAUUAAUUUUGUUUCAGAAGUAUCCGUUUGACCUUGACGGCCAAAUUUGGUACUUUAGGGUUUAAACUUCCUUCCACUGUUGCAGAAUCUAUGUCAAUCGUUCAGUUGAGAGGCAGAAAACCACCAUCACUGAUUCUCAUGAGUGUGAUCUCCCCACCAGAGGGCGUCAGAGAGCGGCUGAACCAUCAAUCAUCUCGCGUCUGCCCGGCUGAAUGAACUAUACCUCUUAUCUCUGCACCUCCCAGUCGCCGACCCACGGUUGGUCACUAUUAAACACGUCGCGCGUCCGUUCGGUUUGAGCUUUCUCACAAAGAAAGCCGUUUUCAUCAUUUCAACUUAACAGGAAGCACUCACUAGUGUAUAUUUAAACUCUGUGUACAGAUCACUACCUCAUUGAAAGCAAUUUUACCAUGAGGAAACACCGGAGAAUGUGUUGCGGGUCAUAAAACACAAGCUUUGCUUCAGGGGCACUGAGAAACAUUCGCAGUUAGCAGCAUUAGCAUGCCAUUGUUCUGAGCACCUCCGUCCUUCUAUGUAGAUGUUUUUUUGUUUGUUUGUUUUUUGCGAUCGAAACGCCUCACGUUAUAUGCAAAGUUUCUUUAAUCAACCAGAUGCCAUAGGAAAUCUCUCGUGAAAACAAUAGUCUUUACUUGAAAAACGAAGGCUCUGUCCCAAAACCCUUGCAGUUGCUUUAAAGUCCAGAUUUUGGUGACGUAAUCCAGCGAGACAGCGAGUAAUUCUUCAGUAAUACAUCGAGUUUGUUAUUUGGGACAGGGUCUAAGGUGCCCAUCGUCAUGGGAUUCGGCGGUUGCUCUGGUGCCUUCUUGACAGCUCGGAAUUAGGGUUAGAAAUAUCACGUGUGAUAUUUCGACUUUCCAUAUCUGAAAUCUGCUUUCAUUUUAUCAGGCUGCCCAUUCCAGAGGGGGGAACUAGCAAACAGAAGAGGAAAAAGUGGUAACAUCUUAUAUUCAUUUAUAAAACAAGGCUGCAGUCCUUUAUUUACCAUGAAGUAGAUGUUUUUGAUGCAAUCUGAUACAAAACUCUAUUGAGCACUACAGUGAUGACGUAUUUUUGUAGGCCAACCCGGAAGUAAGCUUCACCCUUGUGCAAAACUCUGUAGUAUUUUUUAAUUGGCGUUUGGAUUAUUGCAGAAAAUAAGCUCUGUGACCACAACUUUUAUGAAUUCUGAAGCGUGAAUACAAUCGCCACAAGUAAAAAGUUAAACGUACUGUAGGCUAUAGCCUAAACAAACUACACCGUCACAUAACUUAAACAUCACCACCAUUAAACUUCUGACAAACAUAUCAGUCCUUGUUUUUUUUUUUUUGUUUGUUUUUUUUAACACAAUGGGCUAUUAGUGGUAGGCCUAUAUUUUUAAUUUGUGAAAUAAAAUGUGAUAAUAUAUUGAGCUCGACCCAUAAAAUCCACUGACUUUUGGAUGAUGUAAACAGAAGUGCUAAAAUGCUAACUCGUUUCCGGGUUUUUGGCCUUCAAAAAUACAUCAUCCCUGCAUCCCUCUAUCAACACAUCAGCAAAGAGCCUCAAAACAUGGUGAAUUAUGGACUGUCGGGUAAAAAGAGUUGAGGUUCUCUGGGAAUAAAUUCACCUGUUCUUAAAGGGCCAAGAUCAUUUUAAUUUCUUCAUGUGUUCAUUUUGAACGCCAUCAUGAACUCUUUGGUCUUGUAUUCCUACAAUAUGACCUAUAAAAGCUACAUAAUGAUCUCAAUUAGCCACUAGGGGACAGUAUUAUAGCAAAGUUGGUGUAGGUUAUCCUCUGGGAUGACCAGUGCAGUGAGCUAUGAGACAAGUUCACACUGUGGAGUAAAUCGAUGCCAAGUUCACAAGACCAAGUCAGCACUGCUUUUCAUUUUUCACCUGUUUAAUCAAAAAAAAAAAAAAAAACAAAGAGAAAAGUCACUGUGUUUUGUGUCUGUCAUCCACUGUCUUCUUGGAGAGUUUUUUUUAUCAUGUGCUCGCUGCUAUCAAGCAUUCGGUAUUUAAGGGGACAGAGAAAACUCAGGCUGCUGUCUCUUAUGAGAGGUGUGUGAUGUCGUUGAAUGCGUUGUACACUCUGCAGCCUUCAUGCUUUUCAUUAAUGAGUGAAUAAAUGUGUCAGGUUAAGCUGAAGGUUUUUCUGACUGUAGGAUGGAGUUCUCAUCCCAACUGUAAUUUAGUAAGCUAAAAACCUUCUAUCCACUCGGAGGAUUUCGCUGGCUCCUAUUCAUUGGAUGUGAGGUCCAAGCCAUGCAUUUUUAUCUGUACAUCUGAUUGGCUGUCACGGUUGAGGUCAUUGACUGACAAAUGUUCGUUCGUUCGUUCGUUGGACUGUCACGAAACCGCGUACUACAUUCAACCAAAUUCAAGACAAACGGCAAAACCUCAAUUAGACACUAACGUACUGGCAGAUGAAAUAGAGAAUUAUUUAUGGAAAUGUUUCUUUUUUUUUUGUACAGGUGUUGAAAUAUGAAAGAAGAACAGUUUUACGAUGCUACAAUGUUUUUUUUUUUUUUUUUAAAGUUGCUUCACUUUCUUGCCUCCCAUGUGCUCGAGCUGUGAUCCUGAGAGUGUCUGUAGACCAGUGGAUGUUAGGUUUAAACUUCUGUUUAUAUUUUUUUUCUUUUGAUGAAGCUUUCAAUAAAAAAAUCUACAAAAUCACA